AUGGCUCCCUGGUUGAGUCGUCGUGGGUCCCAACCCAACAACAGCAGCAACCUCUCUAAUAGUGACCUCAUUACCCGAAUUCAUAAUACGGCUUUACAUACACCAACUACAUUGCCAGCGCUUUACUCGAAUAACUUACAGGCAACGUCCAACGGUAAUCGCUUCGAGCUCUCCUUCUCAAACAACAACGCCGAUUCAAGCUCCGACGAAUCCGACUUGCAUCCCUCGAGACCUUCUUCCUCCAGACCUCAACGACCUCCACACACGCGCUCUAUGAGCCAGCCCUUCCCUUCUCUUUUCAGCAGCAAGAAAAAGAGGCAGAACUCGGUCGGCGCACCACCACCCGACCUGGGCUUUGCAGAUGAUGAUGCCGUGAUGUCUCGACAAGCGCCCAAGACUCAUGAUCGAACCUUUUCGCAUAAUGGAAAUGGAAAUGGCCCAGCAGGAAGCAAAGAUUUUGCAACGGGAAAUUGUAUGACAUGUGGAUCGCUGGUACGCUGGCCAAGGGACCUCAAGGUCUUCAAAUGUACCAUCUGCACAACAGUCAACGAUUUGGAGCCUCUAAGUACAGACCAUGAUGGCUCUAAGCUGCGCAAGGACGCGAAUCAUGACACUUCUCAAGUCAAUUCACCACGAGUUAUGCAUGUCUCCAUCGAACAGACAAAGCGACUUGUUAACCAGUCGAUACAGUCCUAUCUGACCAAGAGGCUGCACCCAAUCCCCAAACCCCCAACCGAGCCGCCACCAGAGCCCCCUGUGCAGAGCAAGUUAUCGUUCAGCAGUCGAAUGCAAGCUGUUAGCCGCAAUCUUUCGCCAACAGACCCUAAAAAAGGAAACACUCCUUCCUCCAAAUCCCCUACUAUACAAGUCUCCCAUUAUACGUUUGACGAGGAGCCGACGCUACGGGCGAACCCUGUGCGGACAAACUCUUCGCCUAUGCCGCGUUCGUUUUCCUCUUCCUAUUCUGAGAGACCGCCAGUACAGAAGAUAUUACAAAACAAUGCGCCAAGAGACGCACGAAAACCUUCGUCAGACACAUCCGAGAGUGACCCGAAAAGGAUCUUUAAGGCAUUGGAAGACUAUGUGGUCGCGUGUUUUGGUUCGUUCGAGUGUAUCAAUUCUUCAUUCUCGACACACCCUCGCCCUGCGAUGAGACAUGUAAGCGAAGCAGCCCGUCGCAAGCCCGCGCCGCCCAAUGAGCCACGAGAGCAGCGGGGGCACCGUCGGGCUCCCUCGGAAAAUCGUGCCCUCAGCGAACAGCGACAAGCGCGGACCGCCCCUCCAGUGGAGGAUAGCACGUUUGAUCUUGACCCCAAGAUGCUGCUCAUUGGUGAUUUCGCUGAGAAUGGAACUUGGUGGAUGGGAAACCAGGAGGAAUCAAGACCUCGAAGGCCUUCAACACACCGAGUCGAACGGAGCCCCCCUAAUGUGGUCCACACGAAGACACCACAACUGAAUUGGGGCGACUUGAUGACGUGGUACAUGGCGAUCGUGAAUCCUGCCAAGGGGUGGUUCACGAUUUACGAAGAAAUCUGCCGAGAGCAGAACUUUCAAACGCCUCCACAGCGUGAAUUGCAGUCGAUAGAACAAGAGUUGUUACAGGGGCAGGAACACGCUCGACGUGUCUUGCUGAAAGCGACAGAGAUGCUUCUGAAGCGACCUGGGAGGCCACUGAAAGAUCCCACAGAUUUGCGUUUUCUCCUUCUAAUUCUUGAAAAUCCUCUCUUACACGAGAACGAAAACCUGUUCCACGGAAUCAUACAACCAGAGAACAACUCACCUUCCAGAGCUAAUUUCACUCGAUCAAGAAAGGGCAGUGUCCCCGAAACCGGCCCCUUGUCUGGGCAGCAUUCUGGAAUUAUCAAGCGCAUAAUAGGACUUAUGUCGAACUCCUCGCCUGAGUGCCAUAAUCAGUUGAUUUCCUGGUUCGCUAGGUAUCACCCUUCUAGAUUUGUUAGAACAAAGGAGAUUGCAUCCGGCUUUCUAACAUAUCGCAUGAUACGUCAAAGUGGGAAAAAGCAAGAAGUCAAAGUAGACAUCACAGCCGGACUGAUUCCACAAAUGCAAGAAGGUCGCUCAGGAGCCUAUCUCUAUGACGAGAUAAAUCGGUCGACCUCGUCAAAGAACGUAAAGGAGCCGGAAAAGAAGGUCAUUUAUGGCGAAGACUGGCAGAUCAGAGCUUCUUCUCGAGUUCUGGCUCUCCUUUUUGCUGCCAACAACUCGCUGCACAGUCGAAAAAUUGAAGAAACUUCCUCGCCUUCUGGCGGAAGGUGCACUGGCGUGCAUUCUCAUGGCCAGAUGCUCCCAACAAGCGACUUUUACAACUCAAUGAUUGACUACACCGACCUCGUUGCGGACUUUGAAAACUGGGAGGCUCGAAAAAGUAAAUUCACAUUCUGCCAGUACCCCUUCCUUCUGAGUAUCUGGGCAAAGAAUCAUAUUCUGGAGCAUGAUGCCCGUCGUCAAAUGCAGAGCAAAGCACGUGAUGCCUUCUUUGAUAGUAUCAUGAGUCGGAAAGCCAUUAACCAGUUCCUAGAGUUGACCGUUCGUCGUGAUUGUCUUGUUGACGACAGUCUCAAGGCUGUUAGUGAGGUGAUUGGGAGUGGGAGCGAAGAUAUCAAAAAGGGUCUCCGCAUUACCUUCAAUGGCGAAGAGGGAGUGGAUGCGGGCGGUCUGCGGAAAGAAUGGUUCCUUCUUCUUGUCAGAGAGGUUUUCAAUCCCGAUCAUGGAUUGUUUCUUUACGACGAGGACUCGCAGUAUUGUUAUUUCAACCCAAAUGCUUUCGAAACAUCGGACCAGUUCUUCUUGAUUGGCGUUGUGAUGGGCCUUGCCAUCUACAACUCGACCAUUCUUGAUGUGGCCCUACCACCCUUUGCAUUCCGUAAACUCAUUGCAUCUGCUCCUACCCAUGGUACUGGAGCAUCGGCUCAUCCAAAGCCGCCAAUGCGCUACACGCUAGAAGAUCUUGCUGAAUAUCGACCUCGACUGGCUCGAGGACUACGGCAAUUGCUUAAAUAUGAAGGGAACGUGGAAGAGACCUUUUGUCUUGGUUUUGUUGUUGAUAUGGACAAAUACGGUACCCAGGUCCAGGUUCCUCUCUGCCGAGGAGGUGAACGAAUUCCUGUCACAAACAGCAAUCGUCGAGAAUACGUGGACCUCUAUGUGCGCCACGUUAUUGAUGUUUCUGUGACAAGGCAAUUUGAGCCCUUCAAACGAGGCUUCUAUACUGUAUGUGGAGGUAAUGCUUUGUCCCUCUUUAGACCAGAAGAGAUCGAGCUUCUGGUACGAGGCUCGGACGAAGCACUUGACAUCAAUUCACUCAGGGGCGUGGCCGAGUAUGAUAACUGGAGCAACAAGAAGCCGGAUGGCUCUGAGUCUGUCAUUGACUGGUUCUGGGAGACAUUCCAAGAGGCUACAUCUCAAGACCAGCGCAAACUUCUCUCAUUCAUCACUGGCAGUGAUCGGAUCCCUGCCACAGGUGCUGCUGUACUACCAAUCAAGAUUUCUUGCCUAGGCGAGGACGAAGGUAGGUAUCCUAUCGCUCGAACAUGUUUCAAUAUGUUGUCUCUCUCACGAUACGCAUCAAAAGAAAGAUUGGAGAAGAUGUUGUGGACUGCUGUGCGCGAAAGCGAAGGUUUCGGAAUAAAGUAA